AUGGCCUCAUCACCAGCCCACGCCUUCUUCACCAAUAUACCAUGGACAUCCCACCUCCUCGCCGCCCCAAACCUCACCAUAACAACCCCAUCCUCCCGAACCCCGAAACCGCAUACGGGAGAAGACUCCCUGUUCGCUCACACCCUUGCAACACCCACCACGAUACCACACUGUUUGGUAUACUACCCUCACCCCGCCACGUCAUCAGAAGAAGUCACUGCCAUCACCGUGUUGCUGCAGAUUGAAGAUGCAUGUAAUGGCUUCCCCAGCAUUUUGCACGGUGGCAUCACAGCAACUCUAUUGGAUGAAAGUAUGGGGAUAUUGCUACAGGUGAUUGCUGAAAGGGAACAUGCAGCGAGUGUGGCUGCUGGGGAUGCAAAAGGCGACAAGAGACCAGGAGUGGAGGCAAUGACGAAGGGUUUGAAUGUGCAGUUUAAAGCUCCGGUGAGGACGCCUGGGGUUGUGGUUGUGAGGGUCAAGGUGGUGGAGAAGAGAGGGAGGGGGAUAAGUUUGGUGGCGAGUGUUUUGCAAAAGGAGGGAAGUGGGGAUGGCUUGGUGGAGUGUGCGAGGGGGGAGGGUGUUUUCGUGACGCCAAGGGGGGCUGGACAUAGGCUAUAA